UCGUGCGUGGACUUCUGUCGAACGGAAUGCUGAUCGAGGUUCAACUCAAUUUGGAGGGCUGUUCCAAGUCACGCUUCGAUGCAGAGUACAUCAAAGAGCUCGUCGGAAGUUUCGUUGAAGAACGUCUCCCGUUCGAGAGAGUAGAGGAAUUCGUGGGCACGAAGCUCCAUGAAGUGGUCGAUAAAAUCGUGACGGAUGACUCGGAUGUUUCGGAAAAAUUGAAAUAUUACUUCUACUUCCUCAACAAUGAUGGGUACGGCACCGAAUUCGUCGAAGUGGACUCAACGAACGAGAACGCCGCUCAGAUCCUGACACUUCCAUGCUCAGAAUUAGAAGGGAUCUGGGAAAAUCUUCAUUUUGAAAGCGAUGUUAAAAAUAGGCUCUUAUCGUAUGCCUCGAAAACGGUGCUCUUCUCGGACAUGAAAGUCGACCAAAACAUCAUCUCCUUGAAUAAAGUGAUACUCCUGCACGGACCUCCAGGAACCGGGAAGACAUCUCUAUGCCGGGGAAUAGCACAAAAGCUGGCGAAGAAGUUCUCAGAGACUUUCGAGCACAAAUACUUCGUCGAGAUCAACGCUCAUUCUUUGUUCAGUAAAUACUUCUCUGAAAGCGGUAAACUAGUCCAGCAGAUGUUCGACAAGAUCUCGUAUAUCGCUAGCGAUCGAACAGCUCUUGUCUGUCUCUUAAUCGAUGAGGUGGAAUCACUGGCGCAUUCGAGGGCAGCUGCGGCUUCCGGGAACGAGCCAUCUGACUCCAUCAGAGUGGUGAACGCUCUUCUUACCCAGCUCGACAAACUCAAAUCAUUGCCCAAUGUCUUGAUCUUCACCACAUCGAACGUUGAAUCGACAAUCGAUGGAGCCUUUGUUGAUAGAGCUGACCUCUGCCUCUACAUCGGGCAUCCUUCUUCGGGAGCCAUCUCGAAGAUAUACGCUUCCUGUGUCGAGGAGUUGAUCAAGAGAAAGCUCCUAGAGAAAGCCCCCUUCGGGGAGGGAUCGGACCUCGCACCCAUCUGGAACGAUUGUGUUCGACUCUCUGGGGGACUCAGCGGGAGAUGUCUACGAAAGCUACCUCUCCUGGCCUACGUCGAAGGAGACCAAUCGAUGAAGGCUUUCAUGGAGUCCUUCCUGAAAUUGAUCAAAGCCAAGGCUGCCGAGAAAAAACUGUCCCAAACCCACCACAUGUUUCAGUCCAUAAGUCUCGUAUAAUGAUGCUAAAUUCGUUCGCCGAUCAUUAAUGGAUCAGCAUCAGAAACCUGUUUAAUCUCGAUUCCUUGAUCGGGCACGAUCUCUGGUCUGAUGCUGACCCAUGCGGUCGAAAAAAGCUCACUAAUGCUCUCUCCCGUGCCAACUGACUGCUGUACAUAUAUCAGCGAGGAAACUUUCUACAAAAUAAAUGAAUGUCGUG